CGAACAAUGACCGCGGCGGGGCGGGCGGGCGGCAACUUGUGCGAGUCCGGGCUCUCGGGGCCCACCCGCCGGGGGGGGCGCGGGUGGAGGCGGGUUGCGUGCCCGCGGGGUCCUGCCCGGAGGAGGCGGGCGGCGGGUGGGAUCGGGCCCUCGGCAGCCCCGGCAACAAUAGCAGGAGCUCGGGGGCCUCCGGGCUCCGGGCCGCCCUUUGCACCUUUCUCUCACCUCCGCGGACCGGGGCUGCGCGGCUGUGCGCGCGGCUCCCCCCCCGCCUCCCCCACCCCGCUGUGCCCUUCCCCCCCGCUUCCUCCCAUCCCACCCGGCACAGUGACAGCGCCGGACGCCGCUUCCGGACCUCGGGCCGCAGUCUUGGCCCCAGAGGCGGAUCGCGGGCCGGGGAGGUGGCCACUGGCUCGGGUGCCGCGGCGCUGCCGGGUGCCUGCCGCUCGCCCACGCGCGGCGCGAGCACCCGGCAAAGGACACAGAUUUUUGUGGUGA